UUAUUCUUAUACCAUUACGAAUUGGCCCCGAAUAUAUCCUAAAUAAAGAGUAUCUGUAGAAUUGUUAAAGCUAAUAUAUUUAAUUAGUUAAUUACCAGGAACGUACCGGAUUCUAACCUAGAACUAUUUUUAUAUCCUAUUUGUUUGAGGUUUAUUGAAUGAUGAAUGAAAGUGGAGUUUCAGGAAGCGUUGGUAAAUUAGAUGUACAGAAUAAGGAAGAAGACAAUGGUGAUACAGAAGGAUCAAAACAAAAUAAGGAUACUCAAAUUACUUUUAGCUCAGAGAUCAAUAAAGUGGAUAAAAAAGUUGAGAUCGGUAUUAAUAGUUUAAACCAAGCCGAGGUAAAGGAAGAAGACUCGGUUGUCGUUGUAAAAGCAAAGCCAGUAAGAAAAAUUUUCAAAGCUCCUAUUAGGGUCAAUAAAAUCCCUCAGGAAAUAUUAAAUGACCCAUUAAUUAAAGAAGCCAUGGCCGGAUUGCCCCUCAAUUAUAACUUUGAAAUUCAUAAGACUAUUUGGCGAAUAAGAGAAACCAAAGCAAAAAAAGUUGCUUUACAGAUGCCAGAAGGUUUGCUAUUAUUUGCGCUUCAAAUAUGUGAUAUAAUAGAAAUGUUCACAAAGGCUGACACUAUUAUAAUGGGAGACGUCACUUAUGGUGCCUGUUGCGUAGACGACUGCAGUGCAAAAGCAUUAGGUGUAGAUUUAUUGAUUCACUACGGCCAUUCAUGCUUAAUUCCAAUUGAUAGAACAAGCGGCAUUAAAUUAUUAUAUAUUUUCGUCGACAUCAAAAUCGAUACAGUUCAUUGUAUCGAAACAAUAAAAUUAAAUUUUCCUCCUACAACUCGAUUGGGUCUAGUUAGUACGAUUCAAUUUGCCAGUACUUUACAGCCUGUCGCAACUGAGUUGAGAAAGGAUGGAUAUAGUGUCACGAUUCCCCAAAGUAAACCACUUAGUCCUGGAGAGAUUUUGGGCUGUACUGCUCCUCAAAUAAAAGAUAUCGACGUUCUUGUAUACGUUGGAGAUGGUAGAUUUCACUUAGAAGCAGCUAUGAUUUCAAAUCCUCAUUUGGCUGCUUAUCGUUACGACCCUUAUGAGAAGAAAAUAACAAUAGAAAAGUAUAAUCAUGAACAAAUGUUAAAAAACAGAAAAAAUGCAAUCCUGAAAGCGAAAGAUGCGAAAAUAUUUGGACUUAUAUUUGGAACUCUUGGAAGACAAGGAAGUCCGACUGUUUUAAAGAAUAUAGAGAAUAGAUUAAAAUUAUUGAACAAACAAUACAUUACCAUUUUAGCUUCUGAAAUUACCCCUGAAAGAUUAAAACUUUUUAUUGGCAUAGAUGCAUUCAUACAAAUCGCAUGUCCAAGAUUGAGUAUAGAUUGGGGUACGCAGUUUGAAAAGCCACUCUUAACACCUUACGAAGCAGCAGUGGCAUUACAAAUGACAGAAUUAGAUGAACAUAAACCUUACCCUAUGGAUUAUUAUGCUAAUAUAAGCUUAGGUCCAUGGACUCCAAAUCAUAAACCUAGUGAAAUACAGAAACAAAAUGAAUUUUGUUGCGGCAAGUGCAAGGAUGAAGACAAUCUCGAUAGACCAUGUAAAUAAUAUAGAAUGUAACUUAUUUAAGUAUAAAAACGUUUAUAAAAUUUUGUAUAUA